UGCUCUUCUAUUUAGAAGCAGCUUCAAACUUUCGUGAUGGUCAGGCUUGCACUGAUAAGGAAAAUGCAUGGCUGCCUCCAUACUCAAGUACUGUGCCUUGUGCGCCACUUGCACACAUCGACUUUGCGUCAGCUACCACCAAGAAAAGGCGGCUAGAUGGACAUCGAUCAUCAUCCAAAAAGAAACCAGCCACCACUAUUGAGAGGCCUUCACAGUGCGAAUGGAAGGGCUUUCUCGACAGAAUUAAGAAGGCUGGCAAAUAUUCUGCAGUGUUGGCACUGAAAAAGGACUAUUGCGAGGAGUUCAUUCCUGUGCAAGUGAAGCACUCCACUGCUCUUCUCGGACACUUGGCAAGAGACAAGCCAUUGUCAAGGGAUGCGAUGCUGGAGGAGUGCGAAAUGUUUGCCCAGGCGUAUGUUGUAGAGCCAAAGGUCUGUAAAGAUGUGGAAGCGGCAACGAGAGGUCAGUCGGCCUCACCAACGUGGUUCGCCUUCAGAGCAGGCCGGGUCACAGCAUCGACAGCCCACGCAGCUUGUCGAACGACCUUGACUCAGCCAUCUGUGAGCCUGGUUAAGAAGAUCUGCUACCCGGAGGAGAGCAAGUUUUCUUCUGCUGCAACUAAUUGGGGUCUGCGCAAGGAGGACACUGCCAGGAACCAAUACGUUGCUGAAGCAUCCAGCCAGCACAAAGAGUUUGUUUGCAACAAGUCUGGAUUGCAUAUUAGUUCACAUGAGCCCCACAUGGCAGCAAGCCCAGAUGGCCUGAUUUCUUGUGCCUGCUGCCAAGAUGGCGUUUUAGAAAUUAAGUGCCCAUAUUCAGCUGCUUGUGUAAAGGACGUUGUGACCCAGAAAAGUGGCUGCUUAGAAGUUGCUGCUAGUGAUAAUACACUAAAGCUGAAACGACAACAUGCUUACUACACGCAAAUACAAAUGCAGCUUUUUGUUUGCCAGCGCAGCUAUUGCGACUUUUUUGUGUGGACACCAGCAGAUAGCCAUCUUGAAAGAAUCUUCCUGGAUGCCGAAUUUUGUCAAGGGGUCGUGAACAGGAGUAGGGAUUUUUUCAAGAUAGUCCUGUUGCCAGAGUUGUUAUUUAAGACCUGGACAACAUCUUCAGAGAACAAAAAUGGGCCUGAAGACUCUUCUGAUGACGGAGCACUGCAUUUCUGUUAUUGCGGUGGUCCAGAGUCUGGAGACAUGGUAGAAUGCAGUGGCCCAGACUGUGAGGGUAAAUGGUUUCACUUUCAGUGUGCCAACUUGAAGCGCCCUCCGAAAGCGAAGGCUUGGUUCUGCAAGGGUUGCAAACCCCGAAAGUGAUAAAUAUGCAUAUUUGUAGUCCUGUUAUAGGUAAUGUAAGUGCACACAUGAAAGGACCUAGUGAACUUGUUCUGUGAAAUUAGCCUUACAAAAUAUUGCUGCAUACAAGGGGAAACUGAACAGAGUCAUCAAACUGUUCACCUUAUCACUGAAUUUUACAUAGCGAAGUACAUUAUGAAGGAGCAGUCUAAUAAAUGUGGAAUCUUUGGAUGACA